AUUAUCUCAAUACAUUAAACAUAGAUGUGUGCACAUUGCUUGAAUUGGGAUUUGUUGAACUUAACAUAGUUUUGGUAUUUAUUGGUGUAAACUUAUACAACGUAUAAACUACAAUAAAUACAACGAUUCCAAUUAAGUGUGUUUUUAAGUUAUUUCAACGUAUUCAUUAUAAGGAUGAUUUCAUUAUCAUACUAACUUUUAUUUACGUUAAAUAUGUGGACUACUUUUCUGACACCCUGGUUCCCGGCUGUCCUGUUGGCAUUCUACGUUUUUCCUGGCCGGGUAGCGGGGAGUGACGUCUGCUCCACGAACAACCCUGGAACACCAAGUCCUAACGCGAUGCCUGACCCUGGACUUCCGGAUCUUGCCACAAUGACAAAUGGAGCGUUCGCUGUAGACGCUCAAGUCAAUCUGUUGGAACAGAGCCGCACGGAAUGGAUCCGAGUGUUCUAUGAUAGUCCAGGCAACAGGGCGGCAGUAAAGCUGUUUGCCAACGGAAUGGACACCUUGAUUGUGUUCAACUACGCUUCAGACGAAGUGUAUUAUUUGAACCCUGGAUAUUACAAUUGCACGGUGUCGCGGAUUUCCGGAAGUCGUUACUCGCAGCUGUUCGGAUUUCACAUCAACAACAACUUACCUCACAUAGGAACCUUGCAGGAGGCGCUAAAGUUUGGAACGGAUUAUAAUGAGACGUACCUAGGCAACACAACAGUGAACGGCGUGCCGGUGUACCAUUGGACCAGCUGCAUCAACAACACACGAAAGAUUGACUACUACUUCAACGUGGCGGGCAACUGGACGACCUCGUCUACGAUGAGCUCAGUUCCGGUGAUGUCGGAGGUGGUAGGCAGCGAGCGGCUCCCAAACGGCUCCCUCUACAACUACCACCACAUCUUCACCAUGUCCCGCUUCAUACCAGCGGCAGAGUUCGACUACGGGGACAUGCAGACGCCAGAGAGCGUGUGGUGCCCCGGAAGGAAGCCAGGAAAGGCACCACCUGCACUGCCGGACCGCUUCUACUACAAGGUGGAGAUUGUCUAUCCGGACCUGGGCGCCGUCGCCUUUGAAGAAGUGUGGUAUGACGCCUCCUUCAAGCUCUUCCGACAUGAUCGCCGGCCGCUCGUGCCGACGCCGCCAGACUACACGACACACCCCAGGAUCGAAAUACAUGACUAUACAACAGGCGUCGCAUACACGACUGACCGGAUGUUCAACAACUGCACGAUGAGCGCACUGACCCCUGAUCAGCAGGACUCGCAGCAGAAUCUGACCGCCUACCGGUACAACCAGUCGUACGUACUGGGCAUGAAGAGUCCGCUACAACUGCUCGACCUUGACCUCAAUCUAACUUACAUCGGCCAGUACGAGAUUCGCGGCAUUGUGUGCGAUGCCUUCGUAGGCCAGGCAUACAACUUUACACAGACCGGCUUUUUGUCAAAUGAUCAAACCAUGGAUCUCACAUUCUAUUUCAUGGCGGACGGCUGGAGUUAUGUAACGGAUGACAGUGUGGACAUGAUCACGUCACAGAUACCUAUCCGCCUAGUGCUAUAUUCUAACGACAUGGCUUUAACAGCCACGUACAACUUUCUUGAGUUCGAGCCCACGCCGCCCUCGCUAAGCGUGUUUGACGUCAGCGCCUGCUUUGCCGAGGCGAACAAGGUCACCUUCCAGGUCAAAUUUCCAGGCACAUAUAUCCCGGCCACGGAGGAGUCAGUGAUAAACUGGGCCCAGCUCGUGUUCGCCGAAAAGAUGGGCGUCUCGCUAUUGCGCGUUUCCGGCGUUCAGCUUUCUUACGAUGACGCCAAUUUAUAUGUCACCGCCACACUGCUCGAUAAAACCUGGUUGGCAGCCCAGUUCACGGUACAGCCGGGCCGCUAUAUCGAGAUCAACACCGGCUCCAUCAUCUACAACUCGGCCAGCCCUCUCCAAUGUGCCAGCUACUGCGUCAACGACGCAGAGUUCGUCUGCAACAGCUUCGACUUCUGCACAAACGACCAGUCGUGUCACUUAAGCCCGACCCACACGGACAGCGGCACCACCAUGUCUCCUACCCCCUCCUGCUACCACUACUCAAGGACUGUGGACGGCGACACACCGCAGCUGACGAUCGCGUCUGCGUUUCAGAACCUCCGCACCAGCGUCUACAACCGCGGCCUUGUGCUCUCCAACAUCGGCCUGGGCACGUUGUUCAAGGACUAUACUGCCGACGACGUCGUGGUGGUGUUCGGUUGGGUGAACCCCAAUGCGAGGCUGCCCCAGCUGAGCGGCCAAUUUAGCUACAAGGUGGAGGUGUCCAUUCCCAUGGCAAACCACGUGUACUCGUCCCAGGUGUGGUACGACAACUUUUACAAACUGCUCCGCUACGACCCACACGUGAACAUUCCCACGUUCCCGUUCUACACGACGAACCCUCUUAGGGUGGUGGAAGACUUCAACACCGGGAUACGUUACGUGAUCGACGUGAUGCACCAGAAUUGCAGCAUUUCGCAUCUCUCGGCGACCGACUUCGGCGUCCAGACUCUCUCUAACAACAGCCUCGCAUUUGGAUUGAAGGACCCCUUGAGCAACUUCCGCGUCGACAACACGUACCAAUUCGUUGGGCAGCAAACCAUUCGUGGAAUGAUGUGCAAUAUUUUCGAAUCUCUACGACCGAACUACCAGUUCAUGAACUUCACUACGCCAGCCGUGUUCCGAUACGCCUUCCUUGCAGACGACUGGAUGGAGACGAGUGACGGCUACCUUGGAGGCGACGUGGGGCAGCCGGUUCGUCUGGAAAUAACAAUAUUAUCGAAUGGCCUGUACAUGGAGUACAACUUUUACGACUUCGACCAGGACCAUCCGGACGCCUCCGUGUUCGAUGUUCACCAGUGCUACAACCCGGACCAGACCACGGACUUCCUAGUAGUUUUUCCGGGCAAGUUCGCCGAUCCAAUGGGCGCAUCGUCCAAGAUCUUCCUGCUAGAGGCGGUGGACAAGCUGGUCAACAGGACGGGGUUGCCGCGCAUGCGAUUACAGAGGACGCGCCUCGAGCUCGACGACGACUUCGUGUACCUGUACUCCAGCAUGGUUGAUAACACCGACCCACUGGUGUAUUUCACGCCGAUCCCCAACAACCCUGUCCCACAGCACGUUGACAAGGUGCUGGGCGAUCCCUCCACGGUACAAGAGUGCGCGCGCUCCUGCUUCCUGUACACGGGGUUUGUCUGCAAUAGUUUCUAUUUCUGCGCCACGAGCGGCCAGUGCCUACUUCAACAGACCCACGGGCCUGGGAACGGUUCAGUGAAUCUUGGGCAGGGAUGCAGCUCAUUUUCCAGAACUAUCAAUUUGACCACAGUGGAGCCGCCAAAUGUCAAGGCCCUGUUGGAUCUUCGAAACGCUGUGUACAGCGGGGACCUCGUGCUUGAUAUACCCGUACCCAACUCGGAGAAGACUACAACCUUUACUGCAACCACCGUUGAUAAUGUUUCAAAAAGUAGAAGAAAGCUAAUAAAAGAAGACAGCCCGUUGGCAAGUUUCGACGUGUACCGUAACUCGACGUGCUUCGGUAGCGACCUGGCCGACACGAUGGACGAAGGGCUGUCUCUGGACGAGUGCGCACAGUCGUGUCUGACCAACCUGCCCUUCUGGUGCACGGGGUUUAGCUACCAGCUUGCGUCCAGCAUGUGCUCCAAGACCAAGACGGACCUCACCUUGGCAGCCGCCAGCGCUUUCAGAAAUGCUACAGCGUGCAUUAUUUAUUCUAGACACUACACAGGCGAGUAUGACGUUAGUUCAGGAGCGAUGACAGCAGCCGAGUCUGAUAACGUCGUUCCAUCAACGUCACCGGAGCUCUGUGCGCGACAAUGCUCUCUGAAUUCAACCAUUCCGUGCAGAAUGUUCCAGUACUGUCCGAACACGCAGCAAUGCAGGAUGUUUCAAAACCGGGCUCUAACGGGGUAUGCUGUAAGCAACAACACGCAGGCAACAUGUGCGAAGUACACGCGUUCGUAUGGUCAGGGCGAUUUCAGGGCAGUAACCGCCGGCUUAUACACGUUCACGGCUGUGUUUUCCUAUCUCGGGAUCUCCGGACUGGAGGACUGUACCAGAUAUUGUGUCGAAGAGUUGGGCAACCGCUGUACAGGUCUUUACUUCUGCCGCUCCGACAUGAACUGUUAUUUGACCGGUGAUCUGCCGGGACCUGACAACAGUUCGGUGAUAGCCUCGGAAAACGGGAUUUGGUGCACCCAGUAUAAUAGAACCUAUUAUCCCUCAUACACUGGAUCCGCCAUCACUGUUCCGGCAGUCACUAACCAGAAGUCAACCAUACCACCGGUCACAUGUAACCAGGCGCCAACCAUACCACUGGUCACAUCGUCGCCAAAACAAUCUCCGACGACAGCUUCAUCGACAGGUCUAGUCACCCAAACCUCAACACAACGAACAACUCGUUAUAGUCCAAGGUCUAGUACUACAAGAUCUAGUACUCCACGUUCUAGGACUACAAGUUAUACUGUGAGUGCGUCGGUACAGCAGGGUUCAAACACGCAGGCCAGCUGUCAAAACCUGCAGACUUCAUCCGCCAACUCGGGACUUACCGCCGGUGUGGCGGUGGCGACGUUCUGUAUAGGCGUACUACUGGGUGUUCUAGGCUUGUAUCUGUUCACACGCCGCAGAUAUGGUGGACAAGAAGGACGGCAAAUACUGGAAAAUAUCGAAAUGGACCGAUAGCGAAUGGAGGAAGCACCGUGUGACUCUUCGUGAGAAAAUGAGCAAUCUAUAGGUUUCUAGCCGGCAUUUCGAAACGUCCUCAUCAGGUCAUUUGAUUUGUUCAGAGGCAAAAUAUUAAAUGCAGUAUACUGUUACCUCAUACACAUUUGUAACGUUGAUUGUGAUGGUUGUGUUACGAUUAUUUGAUAUAAUGCAUAGUGUAUAUAAUUGUUAUCAGUUUCAUUAAAUGUUUGUUUAUGGGGCCUGUUCUCGUGUGAGUAAACAAUAAAUCCAUUUAUAACUUGAAAAAGUGUAUAACAUGUACAUCGCAUAAACGUGCAAUACAGUCCUAUUGAAGUUACCCAACACAUGGCAUACCCUAAGGUCAUUCACCGUCAUAGCACACAUAUUACACUAAUACAGAGAGUUCUUGUCAAAGGAUUGUUUUUGGUAAAAAUAUUAAGCUUAUGAGUGCAUACCUGCGUAACUUUCAUCUGGGUUAAAGUGUAAACAAUGUUAUAAACAAAAGCAUACUUUUCUUUCCAGUUGUGGUCACGUGUUAGCUCAAUAUAUAGUAUUUGAUAGAAAAACACAUAAUACGCUAUUUCAACCUUCAUCAGGAUUGACGUAUUGAUCUCGUAAAGGUAUAUUGUUUGCGACAAAUACAUGCAUACCGUUAUCUUUUGUUUUAUGUCUGUCUGUCAUGUAUUUUCCGCAUCAAACCCCUUGUCAAACAACGACAACAACUGCGAAACAUGAAACAAUUGAAUAACAUUAUUAUAUGUUUUAUAAUGUAUAUGGUAAUAAAUGAUUUGGAUUUAUUAUGUUUAUUUCGCACAAAAUGUAAAUAAAAGUACAAGCAAUAA